CCAUAUGUGGUCAGUCGGGAAGGAUGCGGUCUGACAGCCAUAUUAGGAAGGAGUUAAUCCGUUAAUUGGCCUACUGCACUGCACCUGGCAAACAUAGUUAACUGCUGGUGGCAUGUCUCUCCCAUAGCCUACUGAGUUUUAUUUUGAAAAAAUAAUCAAAAAUGCCGCAUUUUGUUAACAGAGACCAAAUUUUUGCGCAUCAGGUGCAUCUUCUUGAGCACAAACUCCGGAGUAAAGAAGAGCGGAUUUUAGAGUUGGAGACAGAGAACGCACUUCUUCACCUGAGGCUUGCUGAGUGUAUGGGAAAACUUCGACGGGAUCGAGAGGAGGAUGUGAUUCUGGCAAAGAGGCACUGUCAGCACCAGGGAAGAGUGCAAAAGAGCACUCUUGUUCCACUGGCCAAACUCCUCUCACAUGUCCAGGCUCUGAAGAAAGAGCUGAGGGAUGUUUUCGCUGUAUACGUGGGCUUUGCCACAGAGCUGGAGAACCAGAGCAAACAGCUGAUGGAGUGGAUGGACAUAAUCGGAAAAGCUGUCCAGGGCGACCAAGGUGGUGACACCCAGGGCCUACAGGCACAGGUGGCCUCUCUGGAGUGCUCCCUACAAGAGGAAAAGGAGAGGCACAGAUCAGAGCGGAUGAGGAGGAGGCAGAUACACAACACACUAAUUGAGUUGAGGGGUAAUAUUAGAGUGCACUGCAGGGUGCGCCCCAUCUUACCUUUUGAGCACAUUCAAGGUUCUUUAUCCACUAACGGGCCUUCAUCCUCAGAGGUGGUGGUACAGGCUGUUAGUGAUGACUCUGUUCUUGUGAAUUGUACCAAGCCUGGGAGUCCAGUAAUGAACAAAAUGUUUGAAUUUGAGAGGGUACAUGGUCCAGAGGACUCGCAGGAUGCUGUCUUUGAAGAAGUGAAGCCUCUUUUAACUUCUCUGUUGGAUGGGUAUAACGUGUGCAUCAUGGCAUAUGGGCAGACAGGCAGCGGAAAGACGUAUUCAAUGAUCGGAUCUCAAGAUGAGAAUCGCACACAUCCUGAUCAGGACUCGCAGGAAGGAAUUAUUCCCAAAGCAGCUAAGGAGUUAUUCAAGUUGAUCUCAGAAAAGCCAGCAGAAAGACACACAGUGGAGGUUUCCAUGGUGGAGGUUUAUAAUAACGAGCUGCUGGACCUUUUGGCCAAAGAUGAGGACGGAGCAGCAGUGGGGGUGAAGAGAGAAGUCAUCACGACCAGCCCAGGGACCAGUGAAGUGCCCUGUCUUACAUACGAGUUGGUUCAAAGCUCAGUGGAGGUGAUGCAGCUGCUCAGCACUGUGUUGAGAGUGAGGGCACACAGUCCCACGCUAGUGCACCGAGACUCCUCAAGAUCCCACCUUAUUGUCACUCUCACUGUCACAUCCAAGAGCCCCAGCCCUCAGGCACUGGCUCACAGGUUGCAGAGUGCAAGACAGAACGUUCAGCGUUGUGGACCACAGAAGCAGUGGUGGAGCCCCCGCUGCCCCAGAGCUGCCUCCUCUCGCUCCUCCAGCUCUAAUUCUUCCCCUCAGUCUUCCCCCUGCCAUUCACCGUGCCCCGCCUCUUGGCAUGUCGUACCCCAGGAACCUCUCAGAACAAAGCUGCAGCUGGUUGACCUGGCAGGCAGUGAGUGUGCGGGCACAUCAGGGGUCAGUGGCGCAGCUCUGUGGGAGAGCUCGUGUAUAAACCGCAGUCUCUCGGCGUUGUCUGAUGUUCUGGGAGCUCUGGCAGAGCAACGUCCCCAUGUGCCCUACCGUAACAGCAAACUCACCCACCUUCUGCAGGACUCUAUAGGAGGCGACGCUAAACUUCUGGUGAUGCUCUGUGUGUCUCCAACUCAGCACUUUCUGUCCGAGACUCUGCAGUCUUUGGGCUUCGGCUACAGAGCCAGACAGGUUCAGAGACACACACCGCACAGGAAGAAUGCUGGGCUGAAGAGGAAAUAA